UGUACAAUUUUGAGGUUAGCUUUCAAUGUUGGAGUUUCUACAUUAAUAACAAUUGAUUGAAAACUGAUCUAACGAUGCGUCGAUACGAAUGGAUUAUUUUGGCCUGGUGCUUACAUUUUCCUCCUAUUUCGUUGAGAUUCUGUAAUGCAGCUUCCGCGCACAUACACACUCAUCAGCACAAAGAAGGUUACGGAAAUGAAAGAACUGAGGAUGGAGCUUUUAGCCCUCGCAGUGGAAAUCAUUAUAUUAAUGGUGAUCAUCAUCAAGAAUUUGACCAUGAAGCAAUCCUUGGCAGCAUCAAGGAUGCCGAAGAAUUUGAUAAACUACCAAUCAAUGAAUCCAAACGACGUUUGGGAAUACUCUUGACUAAAAUGGAUCGGAAUGCAGACAAAUUUAUUGAAAGAAAUGAGUUGAAGGCAUGGAUAAUUCGAUCGUUCAGAAUGUUGUCGACGGAGGAGUCGCAAGAUCGUCUCGAGGACGCGGACUCAAAUGAAGACGGCAAAGUAAGCUGGGAAGAAAUUAUGCAAGAUUCUUACGGAUCUGAUCCCGAAGACUUGGCCCUUGAUGACAAGUUAAUAAGUGAUGAUAAGGCUACAUUUGAAGCCGCUGACAUUAAUGAUGAUGGAUACUUAACUGCAGAAGAAUUUAAAGCUUACACGCAUCCUGAAGAGACACCAGCAAUGUUUCCUUUGCUCUUAAGACAAGCAAUAGAUGAUAAAGAUUCAAACAACGAUGGCUAUAUUGACUUUCAAGAGUUUCUGGAGAAUAGAGCGCAAAGCGAAGAUAAAGAAUGGCUUUUAAUUGAAAAAGACAAGUUCGAUCACGAGCAUGACAAAAAUCGAGACGGCAGAUUGGACAAUGAAGAAAUCCUUUCCUGGCUGGUACCAAGCAAUAAUGACAUUGCAAGAGAUGAGGUGGAUCACCUAUUUGCGGCUGCGGAUGACGAUCAUGACAAUCGUUUAUCUUUCGAGGAGAUACUACAACAUCACGAUGCAUUCGUCGGCAGUGAAGCAACGGAUUACGGAGAUCAUUUGCAGGAUAUUGAACGUUUUCAAGAUGAACUUUAAAGCUUCAAAAAUUCUUUAGUGCUUGUCGUUUAUCUUUUAUUUAUCACAUAAUUCUAUUCUUGUAUGCUUAUAGUUUUGAAACUGGAUUUUUACAACGAUGGAGAUCAAUAUAUUUUUGGCUUUAUUUAAUAA